GAAAUCCGCAACCACAAUGUUUCGUACGCAACUUGGAAUGCAUCAGAGGUUGCGAGUAUAAAUGUCAUGAGUUUGUUAUUGUGUCGUGUCAUUGGUAAGCCGGUGAUCAGAUUUGUGUAUCCUGCGAAUAGUUUGCUGAAUCUAUCGAGGAUGACGCACUCGGAGAUGUCGAACUCGUGCUUGCAGGCGAAGCUUCUGGAGAGAUCCAAGAAGUUGGCGCCCUCUUUAUCGUCGGAAAGCAAGUACAAAGGUCAGGCUGGGAAGGUAGGCGUCUUCGGCGGGUCGUUCGAAUACACCGGAGCGCCGUACUUUGCGUCCAUCGCAGCGCUGAAGGUCGGCGCCGACCUGUCGCACGUCUUCUGCACGAGGGAAGCGGCCGGCCCCAUCAAAUGCUACAGCCCAGAGCUGAUAGUCCAUCCGCUGCUCGACGAUGGGGAGAAGCAGUUCGGAAGGAUCCAAGAAUGGUUGGAUAAGUUCGAUGUGAUCCUCAUCGGGCCGGGAUUGGGUAGGAAGGCGGAGACGUUCCGCGUGAUCGAACUGAUAAUAAACUAUUGGCGACAGAAGCGUAAGCCGAUGGUCAUCGAUGCGGACGGUCUCUUCCUGAUCACGCAGAAGCCGUCGCUGCUGGAGAACUUCGAAGCGGACGUGAUCCUCACUCCGAACAAGAUGGAAUUCGCUCGCCUGUUAAAGUUGGAUCAUCCCGACGAGUUGCCCGCCGCCGAUCCGCAUCGGUUCAUGAGGGACGCGAAAUGGGGAAGUCGCGUAUCUGUACUGGUCAAAGGCCAUCUGGAUGAGAUGAUCGAUUGCGAGAGGAGGAUGAGUUUCUGCGAUUUGGGUGGAUCGGGAAGGCGAUGCGGCGGACAGGGCGACAUCCUUGCCGGCUCCAUAUCGGUCUUCCUCUUCUGGGCAAGGCAGUUCGAGGAGGACAGGAGCUUUGUGGCGGCUUACGCCGCAUGCAAAUUGGUCAGGGAGUGCAACUCCAGGGGAUUCGCAAAGAAGGGUCGUAGCUUGGUUUCCACAGAUAUGCUCGAAGAGAUACACCCGGUUUUCCAUGAUAACUUCGAAGUCGAUAGAAAUUGAUUCUCUCUGACAUCUUGUAUAUUUUUUUAAAUUGUAAUAUAGUUUAUUUUCAAGCAAAUAACUUUAUUUAACCACACUUAAAUACUUGAACAUUGAAGAGAUUGUUGAGUAGAUUUAUAGGUAACACUAAUUUGGUAUCAGCAUCUGUUUUCAUUGGGGAAUUCUUGUGAAAAACCUUUAC